ACAAAAGACAGUUCGGGCGAAUUCGAAAGCGCUACAAAAUACUGCUUAUCUUGAUAGCAUAGUACAGUGAAAAUAAAGGUUAAAUGUUUUUACAAACUCACGUACAUGCAAAAAGAGUAAUACAUUUGUGAUUAAUGCAAUUAACACUUUGAUAACUAAAUCGGUAAAAAGUCGCCUUGAUGGUGAAUUAUUUCGAACAGCUGAAUUCUAAGUUAAAUUGGUGCAUAAUUUACAAUUGGGUAAAAACUUUAACGAAAUUAUGGAGUACAUUUCAAAAGAAUAUUAAAAUGAUUUGCCUGGGCAACACGACCAAAUAAUAAACAAUUAUAAAUUUUGAAAUUAAAUAUGCUUCAAAAGCACGCGAAACAUUCGGCAGCAAUUUGUUAGUGCUCAUCGAAACGAAUAGCAUGAAUUCAUGCUUCAGUGGAACGGUUGCAAUCAGUGUUUAUCUCAUAAAAACACCUUUUUUGCGUUUGGUUUGUCCCACUUUGUCAGUCCAGUGUGUGUAAAAACUAAUUGGAAUAGUGAAUAAAACGGCUGAAGCAUGUUUGUCUUUGGCCGUCGGCCACAAGCGAACUGCAGAUGGUGGAGCAAUGGGGUCCUGGCUUUGUCACUACUGCAGUUGAUACUCUUGGGCAGUGCACAUUUCAUACAGAUCGAUCAUAAUGCUUUUCGCAAUAAUUAUUUCCCUCGUCCGCCCAUUGACCCACCAGCACCAGCGCUGACUCAAGCAGAGCAGCUGUCGCGAAAUUUCGACGGCAGACAGCUGUCGCCAGCCGAACUUAUGGCCGAUUUGAGCAACGAUCUCACUUACCGCAUCCUUCAUUACCACUCGAUACUCAACAGAAACAACUUCGCAUUUUCGCCCACUGCACUUAUGAGUGUGUUAAUUGCCCUUUAUGAGGGUUCGGCAGCUCGGAGUGCUCUGGAAUUGCACAAGGUUUUGAUGCUACCAAACGGUCGGGAUGUCAUUCGUGUAGGCUAUCGUGACAUUCAUCGCAGAUUAAGGACAUACUUUUUUGGUUCGGAGAACCCGCUCAAAGGUCUAAGCCUCAACAAAGAUAAUGUAACCAUUACUCAUGGGUAUGAAACGGUUUUAACAUUUUAUGGAUAUGAUUUGGGAAUGGAUAUGGUAUCCUCUACUGUCUCUUCGACGUCUUCUACAACACCCUUGUCGAAUGCAACGGAUGAAAUUACAAUGACAACAACUGCAAGCGCCCCAAAAACUUCCACAACAAUUGUUCCAAGCUCCACAAUGGAAAACAAUACUGAAAAAAUAUCGACAGAGGAAAACAAUAAUGUCACCACGACAAAACCGGAAACAACAACUUCUCUUCCAAUUGCAACCACUGAAACCGAAACUGUUGCUAAAACAACAACUGAAGAUAAACCAACAACAGAAAAAAUUACCGCAACAACAGAAAUGUUAACCACAGAAGAAGUUACCACAGUGACACCACCAACAACAACGGCAACAACUGGUGAACUCACCGAAACAAAUGAUGACACAACAACAGUAACUACCGCACCAAUAACUGAAAACAGCGAUGAUGCAGCAGAGUUCGUUUCACCGACACCCAUUGAAUUUAACUCAAGUCCAUUUCAGCGGUUACAGAAGAUGCAACCAAUACAUACACCAAGCUCAAAACUGCUGGCUCCUCUAUCGCCAAUUUCAACACCGAAACAUAAUUACUUGCCACAGUACGCGCGUUCUCGAAGUGGUCGACAUAAGCGGCAUUCAACUGGUUUUAAAGAGAUUGACACAAAUCUUUUCGUGACGCUCUUUAACCCUCAGCACCAGCUGCACCAUGAUUUGUAUACAAUAACUCGGCCAGUAACAGGGUCUGCCUCACUUGGACAAUACACUAGUGAAUUUGAUGUCGAAACUUUGGAUGCACGACUUUUGAAAGUGGCCAAUGCCAGAAGUAAUUAUGGCUACAAUACCGAUGUUAUUAGCCACGUAUUCUACUUGGGGAACCAACAACUAGUUCACACUACGUUCAAGGUCUACAAUGCAGUGCUAUAUUUUAAGUAUUUUGAAGAUUUAAAAAUGAGCGCUCUUGAACUAGAAUUGGACACACCGGAUUAUAACUUGAUAAUUUUGCUGCCAGAUUCUCCAGUAGAUUUAAUAUCAACUACGGCUUCGCUUGGUUUGGGCCCAUCUUUGCGACUGAUGAGAAAACAACUAAAACCUAGAUGGGUUCAAGCGAUAAUUCCGGACUUUAAACUACACGGAAUAAUAUUCCUAACCAAUGACCUCCAAAACAUGGGUGUGUGUGAUAUAUUUGAACCAAAUCGUGCAGAUUUUCGUCCCAUGACAGAAGAGAAGGGUAUUUAUGUAAAACACAUUGAACAAUCGAUUAACGUUAAUAUACGUACGCAUCCAAUAAACCAGUUAAAACGUAAUUACGGGCCGCAAACGUCACCUAUUCAGAUAUCUGUAAACCAUCCCUUUCUAUUUUUUGUAAUCGACCGAGACCUAGAUAUUGCUGUAAUGGCCGGUCGUAUUUUAAAUCCUUUGAAUGUACGAAUACAGUAAUGUCAAACAGACGACAGUAACAACAGUACGCCGUACUUUUAUCAAAUGUAGUCAAUUUGGAGAUUAUGAAACAAUGGUGGUGAAAUUGAAUAAUAAGUAACUUAAUUGUUGUAACUUAAUUUUCUAUCUAGCUCCGAAUAAAUUUAAUAUAUUUAACAGUA